AUGUUCAAAGAGGUUAUUGUCUCGGGUGCGAUCAUCCUUGGAUUUCUGUUCAAUAUCGCUUUCGUUGCCCACCCAAAUACUGCUAGCUACACCAUAGCGUUCAUUAUAAGUCUGGUCGGUCUGUCGCCCUUUGCGGUCUGGUGGAGAUACCAUGCGACGAAGAGAGCGUUGAGAGAAGCUGGGGCCGUGGAAGAGGACGAAGACAUUCCACUGCGCUCAUUGAGCGUCGGCCAGCUUUUGGGUCUUCACAGCGCUACGACGCCCGAUCUUGAUGUUGAGCAGGGGAAGGGCUGGAAAGCCAUACCAUCGGCCGAGGCUUCUGGAAGCGCUGGCGCAGAAGGUAGUGCGGAUAUGCUCCAGAAUUCACCUGGUCAACCAGAAUUGGAAUCUUGA